AGUUUAUUACACGAUUGAGGUUUAAAAAAAAAAAAAGCUAUGUGUGAUUCAGAUUUUCAUGAAUCAAAAACUCGUUUGAACACCUUCGCAGCGACGGUGACGCCCACAUACAUGUGACUGAGGCAGGCGUGCAGCGCAGUAAGUUUGAGCUCGCGAGCUGCGACUCAGAGCUGAAGAUGAUGAUGAUGAUGAUGAUGAUGAUGGUGGUGGUAUGUGGGCUGUGAGUAACGCGAACAGAGCGGAUUCAGAUCUUACUUCAUAGCGAGCACCUGCUGGUGGCAGUUCUGAGAGCUUGAGCUCUGGGUGUGACGGUUGUCUUUUGUCCUCCACCUGCUUUCCUCUCAGAUGAAUUAACUGGAAUAUCCUCUCUAUUGAACUGGAUCGAGCUGGAAUUACGUUUAACGUUAAUUGAAAAGUUAGGCGUGCUUAUGCUCCGCAGUUCACUGGUGCAUCUGUGUGUCAGCGGCACUCUCAGCGCAUCGGAAACUCAUGUGUUUCUGUGAUUAUUGGUGCUCGUCUAAUGUCACCCAGUGAGUGAGCGCGCUCCAGAUGCACUCGCUGUUUGAUCGGAAUUGGAAAGGGCUGGGAAUCGAUCUGUCUCCGGUCUCGCCGCCCCACGUUGCCGUGAGGAUGUUCAGCUGUGUCGGGUGUUUUUGGGUGCUCCUGUCCUCCGCCCUGGUCGCGAUUUGCAGUUUCAGUUUCAUCUCGCCCGCAUGGAUAGUGAAGGAUCAUCUGAAAAACAAGGACUCCGUGAGUUUUGGGCUGCUGUGGCACUGCUCCGAGUCUCUGGAUCAUAUGUACAGAUGUUACACCUUUGGCGGGCUGGGCAAAUUUCAAGAGAUUCCUUCAAGCUCUUGGCAGACGAGUGCGGUGCUGUGUUCAGGUGGAUGUGCUCUGCUGGCAGUCAGCUCCCUGCUGGCCAUCAUCACCAUCUUCCUGCCCGGUGGAGCCUGGGAGAGGAGGAUCUGCACAUUGGCAGGAUACAUGCAGAUGGCUGCAGGUUAGUGUCCGGCUUACUAUCUGACCUCUGAUCAGCUCUUAAACACCAGCCCUUUGAGGACCAUGCUGAGUAGCAU